GGCCAUGGAGAACGUGGAGGUUCUCAGCGAAGUCUGGAGAUUUAAUCCGCGUACAGAAAUUAGUGCUCGCAAAGGCCUUCAGGUCGUAGUUUAAUAGUUACGUGAGCACUGCCGCUCCAUAAGUGGUAAGCAGCUCGUCGAGGCUUGAAUGUCAAAUUCGUACUCGAUAGCAGGUUGGUGGAAAUUAAUGUCAGCAUGCGCUCCCUGGCUGGAUGCCUAUCCAGAUAAACGGAAAACGGACCUGUUCGGGAUUGGCAGCUCGGCAGCCAUCAUCGUACAGCAUGCCAGGGAAAGCUACGUAAUUCCUUUGGAUCUUCACAAUGCGAUCAUUCGCUUGCCUUCUAGCCCUAGCGGUCUCAACUGUCCUCGGACAGAUCGUCAUACCACCCAGCACAUGGAACUACACCUACCCAUGGCCUGUGAAGUACCACAAUCUCACAUCACAGCGACUUAACCUCUCGAUGGCCUACAUGGAUGUUUCCCCGACCAGUUACGCCACAAACAAAACCAUCAUACUCCUUCACGGCAAAAACUUCUGCGGCGCAACAUGGGAAGAUACAGCACGCCGCCUCUCCACGCACGGUUAUCGCGUCAUAAUCCCCGACCAAAUCGGCUUCUGCAAGUCCUCGAAGCCGCCAGUCUACCAAUUCUCUCUACAACAGCUCGCUUUCAACAUGAACUCGCUACUUCAAGCGCUCGGCGUCUCCCAGACAAAAGUCCUCGGGCACUCCAUGGGCGGCAUGCUCGCAACCCGCUUCGCCCUCAUGUAUCCCAACACCACAACCCACCUGAUUCUGACCAACCCUAUCGGCCUCGAGGACUGGAAAGCACUCGGCGUCCCCUGGCGCCCAUUGGACACCCUGUAUGCUGACGAACUGAAGACGAACUAUACCACGAUCCGGAACUAUCAGCAAGCGACCUAUUACGUCAACACAUGGGCCGCCGCCUACGACGUCUGGGUCAACAUGCUGGUCUCUUUAUACCGGUUGCCCGAUGAGGGACAGACGUUUGCUUAUAACAUGGCGCAGACGACGGACGCAGUGCUGACGCAGCCGGUGAUGUACGAGUUUGGUCUGGUAACGGCGAAGACGCUGUUGUUGAUUGGGACUAAAGACAAUACGGCCAUCGGGAAGGCGUGGAGUCCGCCAGCUGUUCAAGCCAAGCUGGGUAACUAUUCGGUGCUGGGCAAGGAGACUACUGCGAAGAUUCCGGGCGCCGAGUUGGUGGAAUUCAGUGACCUGGGGCACGCACCUCAGACUCAGGACAGCGAGAGGUAUCAUGAGGCAUUGUUUGAGUGGCUGGGCCGGGUGGGCUGAGCAAGAGUUUCCCCCGGCAUGUUACGGUUCUUUUUUGAUGUUCGGGUUUAUCUACUCGACGCCUUGUACUCUUUUGCCUACUUGCCGAUAUUCUGUAGCUCCAUGCUUAUAGUCUUGCUCGCUAAUCGGAGCCCACACUCUAGAAAGUGCUCUCUCAGCACAUCGAGGACCGUGAACCGCCCGUCCCUGAAUUGAUCGAUUUCUCUCCGAGACUUUAACCUUCCUGUUACUCAAGUGCACUGCGCAUCAAAAAGGCACUGCGGCGAAGCGAGGGCCACGUUGUCGAUCUUUUGCAUUGCCGCUGCAUGGAAGGCUUCCGGCUU